AAAAAAGAAUUACAGAAAGUGAAACAAAGGAAGGAGAAAUAGCGAAGGAGACGAGUGAGAGAGAGUGAGAGAGAGAGAGAGAAAAGAGAGAGAGAGAUCGAUGGCGAGUACUGCGUGUUUCAUGAUAGUCAGCAAAAAUGACAUUCCGAUUUACGAAGCUGAAGUUGGUACUGUCCCGAAGAAAGAGGAUGCUGCUCAUCAGCACCAGUUCAUUUUACAUGCCGCGUUGGACAUUGUUCAGGACAUGGCGUGGACUACCAGUGCUAUGUUUCUAAAAGCGAUUGACAGAUUCAAUGACUUGGUGGUAUCGGUUUACGUGACUGCAGGUCAUACUCGAUUAAUGCUGCUUCACGACUCUCGUAAUGACGACGGGAUCAAGAGUUUCUUCCAAGAGGUUCACGAGUUAUAUAUCAAGACUCUUCUCAAUCCCCUCUACCUACCCGGAAGUCGCAUCACAUCAUCGCAUUUCGAUACAAAAGUUCGAGCCCUCGCUAGAAAAUACAUGUGAAACCCCUUCUCGCCCGUUCUACCGUCGUCGUCUUCAAAGGUGUGCUAUGUUAACCAAAUUACUUUCUCUCUCAACUUUGUUGUAUCAACACAUUCAAGUAAAUGUUUUUUAUUCAAGGAUAAGUAUAAUUGCAACAUGAUUUUUAAUUUUUGUUAAUAUAGUAUUAUAAUCCCUUUAUUGCCUUUUUCCAUGUUACAAAAGACAUGAUCUAAUUCUAAAACUAUAACAAUGUAAAGAAUUGGCAUGGAUCUGUCUUUAUCAUUGCUAAUGGGAUGAAACUUGGCGCAUUUGUGAG